AUGGCUACCCCGAAUCAAGCGACGCCGGCUCGGCUGAGCGGUGAUAGCAUCAACGCAUCGAGCGCCGACACUCGCAUUUUAAACGCAGCUUCUCGCAGGAGCAAUUCACCAUCUCCGGAGCGUAAAGCCGAGACAUCCCAUCCCGUCGGCAGGUCUUUCCUCUUCCCUUCAGGAGAGCGAGCUAAGUCGUGGCAAGACAGCUACCUGUUUGAAUUGCUAGGAGAACGAGGCGCACAAGUGUACGAGACCACCGAAAAGGGUCAAAAUGUCCAGGUCAGCGACAUCGAAGAGGUCACCAAAGCACAAGAGCAGCAGCAAAAAGCACAUGACCAUGGCGCCAUUCCCAAGACACUUGGCUGGAAAGGUGCCUUCUUCAACCAAGUCGCAUAUGCCAUCGCGCUUGGUAUCCUCAGUAUUCCGAAGGUAGCCGUCGCUAUUGGCGUCGUGCCUUUCGUGCUGCUCACGUUCAUGUUCGCCUACAUCUGCUACUACACCGGCUACCAAUACUGGAAGCUCAAGAUGCGUUUCCCUGGCGUACACAACCUUCAAGACGCUGGCUUCCUCAUGUUUGGACCAUGGGGCGCACGGAUCCUCGGUAUCUCUCAGCUGAUCUUCUCCAUCUUUCUGCAGGGCAACCAUGUUCUGCUCGGAGGACAAGCGUUCCACAUUCUCGGCUGGCACUCGUGUGCGGUCGUGCUCGCCUUCGUGUUCGCGGUCAUCUCAUUCCUCUUCACGCUUCCUCGUUCGUACAAGCUCUUCUCGUACGCGGCAUUUGUCUCGUUCACGUCGAUCGUUGUCGUGGUCAUCUUUGCCAUGAUCGCCAGUGGUGUCACGGGCCCUCAGAACGCCCCGGCGAACGCACCUCCCAUCAAGGUGGUAGCCUUUGGACCCGCUCCUGGUGUCCCGGUCGAUUUCCUCGAAGGCUUCCUUUAUGUGCUCAACCUCUUUGUCAGCUUCGGUGCCAUCCCCAGCUACCUCCCUAUCAUCUCCGAGAUGCGCAAGCCCACCGACUUCCGAAAGAGUCUCUUUGUGCUGGUAGCCGUGCAGCUGGUGCUGUACCUGGUGGUCGGAGGCGUCAUCUACCACAACCUCGGCCAGUACACUAGCUCGCCGAGUCUAAACAGCCUAUCGGUCACGAUGAGCAAGAUCGCCUACGGUCUCGCGCUGCCGACCAUUCUGAUUGCAGGUUGCGAAAGCGGACAAGUGGCCAACAAGCAUCUGUACGUGAUCAUCUUUCGAUCACGACCGCAACACAUCCACAACUCCACGACUCUCGGCUGGAUCGUCUGGACUCUCAUCAACGCCCUCACAUGGGUGCUAGGCUUCAUUCUCGCAUGCCUGAUUCCCUUCUUUUCCAGCUUCUUGGGGCUGGAAGCCGCCCUGUUCUGGUCCAUGUUUACGGGGUUGAGCGCUGUCAUGUGGCUGUACCUGAACCAGGGUCGAUGGCUCGAGUCGUGGCGCAAGAUGAUCGGCCUGGCAGUGGCGGUCGUCAUCUUUGCUAUCUCGGUGGUGCUCUGUGUGGUUGGAAUCUGGGCUAGUGCCAUCUCUAUCCGUGACUCGUACAACUCAGGUAGCGUUGGGACACCCUUUUCCUGCACUUCGGUCUAG